CGUCGCUUCAGCCCCGUCGGAGGGACACGCGGGAAUGCAGCCGAGCAGAGGGAUACCGGAGCGGGCAAGGGGAGGAAGAGGAGGAGGAGGAGGGGCAGGAGGAGGCGCGCCCUGGCAGGUGGCUGCUGAGUGAUGAAGCGCCUUCUUCUUCUCUUCUGUCUGGCACCUCUUCUGUUGCCGGUGGUUCAAGGCACAAAGCUGCAAGUACAGCCCAGCCGCAGGGUCUGCCUCAAGGAGCCACAGAGCCGCACCGAGUCCUUCAUCCAGCCCGUCUACAAGCCGUACCUCACCAUCUGCGGGGACCACCAGGUGUGCAGCUCUUACAGGACCACCUAUGUGGUUUCAUAUCGACAGGUCACCAGGCCAGAGUCUUCUCCACCUCUUUUUGAAUGUUGCCCCGGAUGGAAGAGUGCCCGCCCGCCAGGUUGUAACCAAGCCCUGUGCCAGCAGCCCUGUGAGCACGGAGGAUCAUGUGUGUGGCCCAACAAGUGCGCCUGUCCGGCGGGGUGGACCGGUCAGCUGUGUCACACAGAUGUCGACGAGUGUGCAGUCGGCUCUCACGGCUGCUCUCAGCGGUGCCGCAACACACCGGGCAGCUACCAGUGCAGUUGUCGAGACGGCUACCAGCUGGACAGUGACGGGCACACAUGCCAGGCAAAUAAUAGGACUGAGCAGAACCGGACAGGCAGGCGGUGGACAGCGGCUGUUCAGGAGCUCAGGGGCCGAGUGGAGCUGCUGGAGCAGAAGCUUCAGCUGGCACUGAUGCCCAUCCAGAGUCUCCUUGAUCGGCCCAGGACAGACAGUGCCACCCUGCUGGCUCAUUCCAUCCUGCAGCUCGACCGAAUAGACUCUCUGAGUGAGCAGAUUGGCCUCCUGGAGGAGCGGCUUGAGACGUGUUCCUGUCGGGACAGACGAUGACAGGAGGAAUCCUGCCAACUCUGACCAGCUGGGGGCGCCAGAUGGCACUCUGGCAUGUACAUAGUUUGUCUUCUCACCGUGUCUCUGCAUUCCACGACAGCAAGUGCUGUGCCUUUUAUAAUAAAAAGUUAACUCGG